UUAACGCGAAAGCAUCCCUACGCACAAGCAAAGUUUUCAGCAGCUCUAGAAGGAAAAAACAAAAAAUCAUGGCUGAUCCUACCGAAUCCACCGUCAUGACGAUGGCGGUGACCACCACGCCGACGUCAGAUUUAGCUCUCACAAAUCUUGCAUAUUGCUCUCCGUCUGAUCUGCAUUGCUUCGCUGUUCCCGGAACCAUUGAUCUCUUCUUAGCUAACGUCGGAGAAGUCUUUGUUUUAUCAAUCUCUGGACAUGAGAGUAUUUCUGAUGGAAGCAUUGCUCUGAAUUCGAUUCAACGACGACAUGCUAGAGUUUCUGCUGGUGACAUUGUUUCUCUAACAAGAUUUAUUCCUCCAGAAAACUUCAACUUGACUGUUUUGACAGUUGACUUAGAAUUUGUAAGAAAAGGGACUAGAAACGAACAGAUCGAUGCCACUCUUCUCUCAACUCAACUGAAGAGUAAAUUCAUUAACCAGGUCCUGACAGUAGGCCAGAGAGUUACAUUUGAGUAUCAUGGAACUAAUUACAUUUUUACGGUCAAUCGAGCUGUUGUAGAGGCUGAUGAUGUGAACCAAACUAAUGGUAUCGAAAGAGGGGUGAUUUGUAAGGAUACAUAUUUAGUGUUUAAAGCAUCAAGCGCUAGUGGCAUAAAGAUUGUCAACCAACGAGAAUCUGUUACAAGCAAGAUAUUUAAAGAAAGGGAGUUUAACCUUCAAUCGCUCGGUAUAGGUGGUUUAGGUGCAGAGUUUGUUGCAAUAUUUCGAAGAGCUUUUACUUCUCGUAUACUACCUCGCGAUGUCAUGAACAGAAUUGGGGCAAAGCAUGUUAAAGGAAUGCUUCUUUUUGGACCUCCCGGUACUGGUAAGACUUUGAUGGCACGCCAAAUUGGAAAAAUGCUGAACGGAAAGGAGCCAAAGAUCGUUAAUGGUCCUGAAGUGCUAAGCAAGUUCAUCGGCGAGACAGAAAAGAAUAUAAGAGACCUGUUUGCUGAUGCUGAAAAUGACCAGAGAACACUUGGUGAUGCUGGUGAGCUACAUAUCAUUAUUUUCGAUGAAAUUGAUGCUAUUUGUAAGUCAAGAGGGUCAACCAGGGAUGGGACAGGUGUCCAUGAUGGUAUUGUAAACCAGCUCCUGACAAAGAUAGAUGGUGUUGAGGCUUUGAACAAUGUUUUACUAAUUGGAAUGACAAAUAGAAAAGAUAUGCUUGAUGAAGCUCUUUUAAGACCUGGAAGAUUAGAGGUUCAUAUUGAGAUUAGUCUUCCCGACGAAGUUGGACGUUUACAAAUUCUUCAGAUUCAUACAAAAAAAAUGAAGGAUAAUUCUUUUCUUUCUCCUGAUGUCAAUCUCCAAGAACUUGCUGCAAGGACAAAGAACUACAGUGGUGCUGAGCUUGAAGGUGUAGUGAAAAGUGCAACAUCAUAUGCUUUCAAUAGACAACUGAGCAUGGAAGAUCUAACAAAGCCUGUGGAUGAAGAAAAUAUUAAAAUUACUAUGGAUGAUUUUCUUCAAGCAUUACUCGAGGUUAAGCCUGCAUUUGGAGCCUCUUCGAACGAUCUUGAACUCUGCAGACCUCAGGGAUUUGUGGAUUGUGGUGAUCGGCAAAAGCUAAUCUACGAAAGAGUCAUGUUUCUUGUUGAGCAAGCUAAAGUCAACGAAAGAAGUCGUCUAAGCACUUGCCUUCUUUAUGGACCUAGUGGAAGUGGGAAAACUGCGUUGGCCGCGACCAUUGGCAUCAACAGUGACUUCCCAUAUGUCAAAAUAGUCUCUGCACAGUCUAUGAAUGGCCUUCAUGAGAGCAAAAAAAGCGUACACAUUACCAAGGUCUUUGAAGAUGCAUACAAAUCACCACUAAGCAUAGUUAUCCUUGAUGAUAUUGAAAGGCUUUUGGAGUACACCGAAAUUGGACCGCGAUUUUCAAAUGAAAUUCUUCAUACAUUGUUGAACUUUCUCAAACAGUCUCCUCCACGGGGAAGCAAACUUGUUGUACUUGGUACAACCAGUGAAGUAGCGUUCUUAAAAUCUGUUGGUUUGCGUAAAGCUUUCUCUGUUACAUACAAUGUUCCGUUAUUGAGGACACAGGAUGUUCAUAAGGUGCUAAAGCACUUAAACGUGUUCUCAGAAGAUGAUAUUGAAGAAGCUUCGGAGGCCCUUGACGAUACUCCAAUUAAGAAACUAUACCUUCUUACGGAGAUGGCAUCUCAAAGAGAUGGCAGGUCCAAAGAGCCGAUCUACAACAGGAAGGAGAAACUCAACAUCAGUCAUUUCUUAGAUUGUCUUCAAGAAGUUACCAACGACAUAUGAAAUUGCCGUUAAUCAUUUAAGACAUACUUAGUUCGUAUUGGAUUAUUAAAAUCGAUUUCUUUUUAAAAAACUGGAUUUUAAAAUCAGUUCAG